CAUCUGAUUAUAAAUAGACACCGCUUGUUCAACUAACCUUAUGAAACAAAUUUUACGCGGCAUUUUGUAAUAAGAUCGAAUGCAAGUGACAAUUCAUUUGUGCCUUAGAUAAAAGAAUCGGUUGAAAAGCAGUUGUUUUAAUAACAAUUGAUUUAAGACGGAAUUAAGCAGUUUUACAAAUCCAAGUACUUUAUAAAGGGAUCAAGGAAGUUAAAUACACCGAAUUAGGAAUGCACAAUCAAUUUGCCAGAAGUGCACAGAGCACGAGAUCCGCUGAGCGCACCAAGAGAUGUAUCCGUAUCACAGCAUGGGCUACACGAAUUCUAGCUCUCCUCAGCAUCGCGUUUUGUAUCGUGGCGUUUGUGGCAGUAGGAGACGCUGUGUAUGGAAUUUGCAUGAUGAUCACAGCUAUCCUUAGUGUUAUGAGUCCGUUAAACUUCAGUUGUUGCUGCUACUCGGAUUGUUCAAGAAACAUUAAGACUGAGAAAGCAAUUGGACAUUGUAGUGUCCAUGUUUUGAUGUUCAUAAGCAACAUGGGCUACAUCAUUUUGUUUGGGUAUAGCUGUUACUUUUGGUCAGCAUCAAGAAAAAACUACGGUGCUUACGGAGACAACAUGUAUUACGACGUACAUUCAUCCCAAUAUCGCUCAAACUACUACUACACCUACCCUAGCAACAACAUAGCUUUAUUGGACACAAUAUUUGCAUUUACGCUGAUCAUCACGUUCUUCCUUUCGAUGUUGAACCUCUUCUCGUUUUGCCUUGUCUACAAGUACGGUUGUUGCUUCACGAAUGAAGUCGAUGGGGAUCACUGUCAGAAAGGGGUUGAAACGGCAGUCGUGAUGAAUCAACAUAUAUCUACAAAUGGGGGUUUGAAGUUAACCAAUGAAACAUUUCUUGAUCAGCUACCGUUUACCAGCUAUGGAUCACAGUACCCUCAAUACCAGCCGAACACUUCCGGACCGUAUAACAUGUAUUCCCGUCCUCAGCAAGCCAUUGGUGUUACAAGUGACUCGGUGGGCGUGUCCGUUCAAUCAACAAUGGCGACAACGAGUGGACAGCCUGUCAGCCCUCCACCAUAUCUAGAAGCCAAUCUAAAUGUUAAACACUCACCCUGAACUAAUAAAUACGCUAGUUUCUUGCCAGAAUUCAUUGUAAAAUCGGACAAUAACAGUGAUAGAAUUUUAAAAGAAACGAGCAGGUUUGAUCCUUACGCUUAAUACAAUGUGAUGCAAAGUAAAUAAGUCUGCAUUAUUUGAUAAUAUUCCUGUAUUAUUUGUCAAAUGUAUUAAUAUAUGUUUAAAACAUAUGAGUCAACCGAUAUGCUUUUUUAGACUACAUUUAAGUUGCGUUGUUUUGAUAUUUUCAAAGAUUUGCAGAGCUUAAAUUGCAUUUUGACUUGACGCCUUAAAACAGCAUUUUCCGAUGAAUAUAUCUCCAAAUGACAUAAAAACAUUCGGUUAAAACAACUGACAAGAUUGUGUACAGCUUAUAUACACUUGCAUCUUUCAAAGAUUUUCCUUUUUCAUGUGUGAGCUAUAUUCAGAAUAUUUAACUUUUAAAAUGUUGGAUUUGCAUUAUAUCUGUUCUCACGCUUAACAGUCGACGUAGUUUCUGCAUGUUACCCAUGUUUUGCUUUUCCAAAACCCAUUAUAACAUAUCCGUAUAAUUACAGUUAUAUGUGACUCCUCAUUCUCGUAUUUGUAAAAAAAAAUAUAUUUGAGUGGAUAGUAAUAUGUUAAAACUGUUAUUGCCUCUGUAUCAUACGCUAAACAAAAACUUGUUUUUCUUACAUUUAUUGAAUAUUCACAGGCCUACACCGACUGGUCUGGCCGGAGAGCCUGGAAAACUAGUUGGUGUUAUCAUUGAAUACUGUGUCCUUAUCGUUCUUACUUUUUUAUAAUUGUCUGCAUAAGUAUUAUUCGAAAAUGCUUUUCAAAUAUGUUACCUAUUUAAAGCUUUUAUUUCCGUGUCACAAGUUCAUUGUUAUGUUUAAUUAUGAUAUAUUUGUAUGUUGUUCAUGUCGACAAAUAGCUCAAUGCGCUAACGGUUUUUGUUAUCAUAAACCCAGCCUUAAAUAAAGAUUAAUGUAUCUGGUAGUUUGUGACAAAUAAUAAAUGCCUGAAAUAAACACACACACACACACAGAUCCUUAACGUCACAAAACAUCAAAACAAAUCAAACGGAUUGUUCAUUGCGUUAUUGAAUCUAAUAUAUAAGUUGAUUUGAUUUUACUUUAUUGCCAUCAAGUUGAUGUUGAUUAACUUCGGCUUAUAUUACUGAUAAGUAAUGAGGACCUCUCAAACAUUUAGAGUGUUACAUAAAAACUUUCAUAUCUUAGUACAAUCAAUUUGACUCUGACACAAUAAAGUGCUGUUUUGCA